GUAAACCUUACACAUAUUUAAUGGAAGAAGACUCACGGGAAGACGAUUUCAAUGGGAAAAUUCGACGCAGCUUAUGUGAAUGGCUUGGCCCAUUUGAAGAGUUUCAUGAUCGGGUAGCAAAGAAUCAGCAGACUUCACGGCACGGGUUGAUCAGGUCUAAAAUGAAGCCCCGCCCAUCUCCAUUUGUCACGUUACAAGCUCCGCCCCACGAAUCGCCAAGUCAUGUGCCUGUCCACGUGGCGCUUCAAAGUAUGAAAAAUCUGGUUGAUGAGAGAAUCACUGAGAUUACACAUCAUGAAUUUGCUGAUUUGAAAAAAGGAAUGAAUAAUGUGAAGAGCAGUGCCACGUCAUCAACGGAUAAAAAACGAAAAAUUGGAGAAGAUGAGGAUAGUCAGAUUGAAGUGAAACGGAAAAAGGAAUCCAGGAAUUACAUUCCCCCUUCAACACCGGAUUCGGGUACUCACUCCACCGAAAGUGAUAUGAUCGAGGAGCCGAAUUCUGAUGAGGUGGCUGCGAUGCUCAGUAUCAUGAAAACACUGGACACUCCGAAACUCUCGCCGCUUCCGAAAGACUUCAAAGUGGUGUGCAAGGAAGAUGAGCAACCAGGACCCUCUUCAUCCAAAUUCCCAUCGGACAGUUCAGUAUCAGCUGCCUCGACAUCUCGGGAGUCCACACCGGAGCCCAAACUCUUGGGUACUCUUCGGAUAAAGGCUCUGAAGCCAGAACGGGUGCAGAAGCUCAUUGAGCUUGCGAAGACCCGAGGGAAGCUGACGGAUGUUGUGGAAGUUGAGAAGAAGGUUGUGGAGAAAGUGGUUGAAAAACAGGAAAAGAGAGUUCUGGAACCUCUUCCACCUCCACCAAGGCCCCCAUCGGUUCCAGCGGUCCCUGCGGUACCCACACCUUCUAGAGACCCAAUACUUGGCCCAGGAUCCGGAUCCGCUCGGAAUUCUCCACUGCCGCCACAAAAACCCGCCAACAAAACGGUUCAGAGUCUUCAAGGGCUUCAAGGUUCCAGUCGAACGAUGAGCCCAUCACCAAGAAACAUCCGAUCAACCACUCCAUCGGUACCAUCAAGGCCCCCAUCUGCUCUGUCUACUCACAGCCAUGUGGAAACGGAGGUGGCCGCAGUGGCAACCACGUCGGCGCCAGCAGAAGCAUCGGCGGCAGUAAAGCCGAGAUUUGUGUGCCAGUGGUCACAUGCGAGAUUGAAAAAAGCCCAGCGAGUUCCGUUUCCAGACCCUUCAUCAACCUCCACCAAGACAAAAGGAGAGUUCUAUCAUGCUUUGGCAAAGGACUGGAAGUCAAAAGCCGACAAUAGCAAGGAUCGUGUGACUCGUCCCCUCAACUACAUGCUCUCCAGUGUAUUUUUUGUACUUGAAGCCAUCUGGAAAGCUGACAAGGAGCGGACAACUCAAUCCAAAAUGCAAUGCGCUUCGAUCUAUCGGGACACUUAUGAGCUUCUAGGAGUCGCCGUGUUUCAAGGUGUCCGCGACACCGACGAUUCCCUGGCGGUUCACAUUUUGCCACGUGUCAAAGUGAUCGGUCAGGUGAUGCUAGCUGUGAUGCAGUAUCAGAUGUAUAUUUUUAGAUCAGAGCAAGCAAUAAAAACAAUGUCACGAUUGGACAUGCGAGAAGUCUCCGAAUCCAUCGACAUUCGACCGGUGUCCCGUGCAUCCGACUCCUCGUCAGUUCAUUCUCAGCAUCUAACAGUCCCCACAAACAAAGCGGUGACGUCAGUGGCUCACGGGACCCCCAAACCAUCCCCGUCCGCCGGAUCGACACCAUCUGGUCCAACUGGGGCACCUGUAAUCCCAUGGAUCGCCAGCAUUCAGGCUUGUCAGAAUAUGGUCUCAAUGCCCCAAAUUGUCUACGAUGCCUACAAAUCGCAGCUCAAAACUGCCAACGGGUUGAUGUUGGCCAGUAGAUAUUGGGAAGACUCGAAAACUCUGUCAAAUAUUAUCGAUUCAGGAACUUUUGUCAAAGACGUUGAAUCUAUCGUCGGAAAAUCCAUCUCAAUGGACAUGCAAUUCGCCGAUCUUGCCACAUUUGUGCUCACCGCCGUCGGAAGCCUGAAGGCCGAGUACGAGGAGGAGCAGAAGCAGCCGGCAAAGCCAAUUCUGGCAAAAGUCAAGAAGGGCCUGGACUUGGCAAUCAGGACGGGAACUUUUCAUUCUGAUAGGCCACCUCCAGUGCACCGCCCGUCAAAUAACACUCCCGAUGGAAAAGCUCGUCGGAAGCAAUAAUUUUGUCUUUUUUUUCUAGGCUGGUCCCCCCCCCCCAUACUUGAUAUCACGGUUGUCUUGUGCAUUUGAGCUUUGGGCUAGUUUAGGCUUAGGCCUAGACACUACCAAGCUGCACGGACCGUUAUUUUUCCCCUCAUUUGUUUUUUCUAGGCCGGUUCCCAUACUUAUUAUCACGGUUCUCUUUGUGUAUUCCAUGCUCUUUCCAGUUCUCCUCUCUAGUCACACUGAGACUUAUGAGUGUAUACAUUUUCCAAUUUUAAUUAUUACUAUUUCACUCUUUCUCUCCUGUUUCAUAUGAAGAUACAUUAUUUG